AUGGCGGCGGCUCCCGCCUGCCGGCACAUGAACGAGGCGGCGUUGGCCGAGUCAAUGCGUGAGCUGGCGGACGGCGUACGGCCGUGGGAGAGGGGCGCGUUCACCGCGGUGCGGAAGCUCCAGGAGGCCUCGCGGAACCACGGCCGCGUCGACGAGAUGUCGUACCAGGGACUCCACGUGGCCGUGAAGCGCAUGCCCAACUGGUGGGUGCAGGACGACCAGUGCGCCUUCCAGCGCAGGCACCGGCACCAGCUCGAGCGGCCCUGGGUGGACCUCGGCAUACUUGCCGAGCUGCACAGGGCACAGUACCCGUACGCGUGCGAGCUCAUCGGCAUCUUCCGGGACGACCGCUGCACCUACGUGGUGUCCUCCCUGGCCAGCCACGGGGACCUGUUCCUGUGGGCCGAGCGGGCGCCGCCGCCGGGCCCGGAGCGCGAGGCGGCGAUGAGGCCGCUGGCCGCGCAGCUGCUGGACGCGGUGAGGCUGCUGCACGACCUCGGCGUGUCGCACAGGGACAUAUCCCUCGAGAACGUCCUGACCACCCGCUCGGACCGCGAGGCCACGCCGCAGGUGCGGCUGAUCGACUUCGGCAUGGCGGGCAUCGGCCGUUGGCAUCCUUCGUUGCUCAGCCGCACCCCCGGCAAGCCGUACUACAAAGCACCAGAGCUGCACGAGGGAGCCACGUACGACGCAUACCUCUCGGACAACUUCGCCGUGGGCAUAACGCUCUACGCAAUGGCGUUGGCGGCGUACCCUUGGGAGAGCACCGAGGCGGGACAGUCGGACUCGUUCGAGCUGGCGCGUCAGGAUGGCACGAUGGAGUAUCUUCGCAGGAGGACGCUCCAGGGCCGCCCGCUGCCGGAGGUCUGCACCGCCGGCCUGCUGCGGCUCCUCGGGGGGCUGCUGGCCGCCCGCCCGGCCGAGCGCAGCACGGCCGGCGAGGCGUGCUUCGAGCCGGACGCGACCUCGACCACGGCGGGCCUGGCCGCGAAGGACCCCGCGGGGUCCGAGGCAGUGAGCCCCACCGCUUCCACCGCGUGCGACUCGCCGACGUCGCCAUGA